AUGGGAAAACCCGCUGGUUUGAACGCCGCUCGUAAGCUCCGUACCCACCGUCGUGAAGAGCGUUGGGCUGAUGCCCACUACAAGAAGCGCUUGUUAGGUACUGCCUUCAAGUCUUCUCCUUUCGGUGGUUCCUCUCACGCCAAGGGCAUUGUCGUUGAAAAGAUUGGUGUUGAAGCUAAGCAACCCAACUCUGCCAUUCGUAAGUGCGUUCGUGUUCAAUUGAUCAAGAACGGUAAGAAGGUUACCGCUUUCGUCCCCAACGACGGUUGUCUCAACUUUGUUGACGAGAACGACGAAGUCUUGCUUUCUGGUUUUGGUCGUAAGGGUAAGGCCAAGGGUGAUAUUCCCGGUGUUCGUUUCAAGGUCGUCAAGGUCGCUGGUGUUGGUCUUGCUGCUCUCUUCCACGAAAAGAAGGAGAAGCCUAGAGCUUAA